CACUUUUUUGUCGAUCUAAAAUCGGAAAUUUGCUGACCACAAUGAUGAUCAUCAAAAUUUUCAUCUUGAUUUUGUUGAUGAUUGGUCGUUCAUCAAUAAUCGAUGCUACUUGGACUGAAUAUGAUGGUCUUCGUUGUAAUGAUAAUUUAUCAUCAUCAACAGCAUCGGGAAAAACAAAUAAAUAUGUUGAUUUUCUAAAACAUUUUGAAAAUGGUUUGAAAAUUAUUCGUGGUUCGGAUCUUAUACGAAAUGCAUUUCGUUUAUCGAGAAAUUCUUAUUUAUCGAUGACAACAAGUGACAUUUUUCCGGAAGGUCUACCCGAGCAAUUUUCAUUUUCAUGUACAUUUCGUGAUUAUCAUCAGCAGCAAGCAAAACAAUCAUCAUCACCAUCGUGGAACCUGUUGAAUAUUGAUGAUUUUAUGGGAAAUUCUUUAUUUAGCUUGAAAAUCAAUACGAAUGAAAAUCAAAUCGAUAUCGAUUUUCCCGAAACAUCAAUAAGAUUCGAUAGCAUAAAAUUUCAACCAAAUGAUUGGAAUAAAUUAGAUUUAAGUUUUAAUCAAUCAAAUAUUACAGUGUUUAUUAAUUGUCAAAAACAUGAUUCAAAAUUUAUUGAUUCAUUACCAGAAUUAGAUAUUGAUGGUGAUAUAACACUAUGUAAUGCUAUUGAAUCAUUAGAUAUUCAAUCAAUGUCAUUGGAUUGUGAUGCAACCCGACCGCAACGAGAAAAAUGUGAUGAAAUUAUUCGAACGUUACCAAAAUUCGAAUACAAAACAGUCGAAAUAGUAAAAGAAUGUUGUGAACAACCAAAAUUGGAUCGUCAAGAAUUGAAAUUACUUAUUUUUGAUGUUUUAAAUGAUAAUCUUAAUUAUUUUGCAGAAUAUUUUCGUGGAAAACCAGGUAAACCUGGUAAUCCAAGUAUAGGUUUACCUGGACCUAUUGGUCCUAAAGGGGAACCAGGACGAAUUGGUUCAACAGGAUUACCUGGUCAAUCUGGUCGUCCAGGUGAAAAAGGUGAACGUGGAGAAAAAGGUGAUAAAGGUUCAAAAGGAGAUUCAGGCUUUCCAGGUCAAAAAGGAGACAUUGGACUACCAGGUCCAAGAGGUAUUAAUGGUGCAACUAUUAUUGGACCGAAAGGUGAUAAAGGAAAUCCUGGUGGUAAUUUGAUUCCUGCUCGUCCCCAAAGACCACCUGGUCUAUUAUGUAAUCAAGUUGGUUGUGAUGGCCUAACAAAAUUAAUGUUAUCAUCACAAAAACAACAUCAUCAAAUCAAAGGACCAUCGAGGAAAAUGAUUUUUUAAAAAAAUUUAAUUUGUUUUUAAAAUUUUUGUUAC